UUUCCUCAUAUUAACCAUGGUUUCUGAGAGAAAUUUGUCCAAGAAUGUGUGCAUAAUUGGUGCCGGACCAUCGGGGUUGGUGGCAGCUAGGGAGCUGAGGAAGGAAGGGCACAAUGUGGUGGUUUUUGAACAAAACCAUGAGGUGGGAGGGCAAUGGCUAUAUCAACCUAAAGUUGAACAUGAAGAUCCUUUAGGAAGUAGUAAUGUCCUAAAGGUACAUAGCAGUAUUUAUGCAUCAUUAAGGCUCACUUCACCAAGAGAGAUCAUGGGGUUUACUGAUUUUCCUUUUGUGGUGAAGAAAGGGAGGGAUCCAAGGAGAUUUCCUGGCCAUAAGGAGCUUCUCUUGUAUUUACAAGAUUUUUGUGAAUAUUUUGGGCUAAGGGAGAUGAUAAGAUUCAAUACUACGGUUGAGUAUGUAGGGAUGCUGGAUUAUCCUGAAUUUGGUAAGGACUUGAGAUGGAUUGUGAAGAGCAAAGAGAAGGAAGCGGAGGAACGGGUGGAGGAAGUCUUUGAUGCUGUGGUUGUUGCAACUGGUCAUUACUCUCAACCAAGGUUGCCCAACAUUAAAGGAAUGGAUGCAUGGAGAAGAAAGCAGAUCCAUAGCCACAUUUACAGGGUUCCAGAACCCUUUCGGAAUGAGGUAGUUGUGGUGGUUGGAAACUCACUAAGUGGUCAAGAUAUAGGAAUGGAGCUUGUAGAUGUGGCAAAGGAGAUCCAUCUCAGUGCCAAAUCUCUUGAUGUUUCUGAAGGAUUGUCAAAAGUUAUAUCCAAGCACCAAAAUUUACAUCUUCAUCCUCAGAUAGAUUCAUUACAUGAAGAUGGGAGGGUAUUGUUCGUAGAUGGUACUUCAAUCGUUGCAGACACUGUCAUAUACUGUACAGGGUACUCCUACUCCUUUCCAUUUCUUGACACCAAAGGAAUGGUAAUAGUUGAUGAUGAUAGAGUGGGCCCACUUUAUGAGCACACCUUCCCUCCUUCUCUUGCUCCCUCUCUCUCCUUCGUUGGCAUACCCAGAAAGCUCAUAGGGUUUCCUUUCUUCGAGUCACAAGCAAAAUGGAUUGCCCAGCUGCUCUCUGGGAAAAGAACACUCCCCUCAUGGGAUGAGAUGAUGCAAUCCAUCAAGGAAUUUUAUCGUUCAAGAGAAGUUGAUGGCAUUCCAAAGCAUAAUACCCAUGAUCUAGCUAAUUUUGAGUACUGUGACAAGUAUGCAGACUACAUAGGAUUCCCACAUUUAGAAGAAUGGAGGAAAGAACUCUGUCUUUCAGUACUAAGAAAUGCAGAUAUAAACUUGGAUACAUAUCGAGAUUCAUAUGAUGACAGUGAGAUGCUACAAGAAGCUUAUCAAAGUCCACACUUCGCUCACCUUGGUCCCGAGACUUUUUGAAUCUGAAAGCAUAAACACAGAUAGAGUGCAACCAAUUUUAAUUCAUUUAUUUCUGAAGUAGAUUUGUCCAGCUAUUUAGUAUUUACUAGCUUCUAUCAGAGUGGAUUUUUUUUU